UUUUAUAUCAUAGAUUUAUUGUGUUGUCAUGGUAUACUUGGUCCCAAUUUACGGAUCCAUCGCCAUCGGUGCACCCAGUGAGAUCAACAGGACAAUGUACGCUCUGGGACUGCAGAGUUAUUAUCCAAAGAAUGACACUGUACCUAUAGAGGAGAGAAUCAAAUUCUUCUUUGACAUAAUGGAAGCAAGUCUCAUAGUUUCAAUCACAGUUGCGUUCGCUGUCUGUGUGUUUAUCCUGGGAUUUAUCCUCUCAAAUUACAGAUCCAACAUUCUUGCGAUGUAUAAAGGUAUCCGAUUGGUCCUUCCUCCAAAGCUGGCAAGGAAAUCUCCAGGGUCGUAUAUGGAAGCAAGUAUGAAAUUUUUUGGAUAUCAGAUCGUCCACCUAGCAUUUGGAUUCUUCGUGCAAUCUAUAGUUUUAUUCAUCAUCGCCUUUUUACUUGCUUUCGUUUUCUUCAUCCCGAUAAUUUACGGAUGGGGUCUGGACGUACUACUGGGACUUUGUUUCACACUUGGUCCCUGGGUAAUACUUGUCAUCGUCAUACUUGUUGGACAAGCCUGGGCUUCGUAUACGCAUUUCACACGCAAUUAUGAAAACAAACCAACUAUUGCACUGAAUAAUAGGAAAUCGUACUACAACUGUUGGUAUUUAAUGUUUUUCUUCGAGUUCUUCUGGGGCUGGAUAGUUGCUGUAUUUCGCAUGAUUCAAGGCAUCUUCUACGGCUGCAUCCUCAUCGCACGCUGCGAUCUCAGUAUGUUGAACUGGAGAUUUGAACACCAGGACCCAGCCCUGCAGUCAUACGUGGCCAUGCUACAAGUGGAAGUCGCCCAUUCUCAUCCUAUCUUGUUGAGUUUCUGUAAAAUUCUACUGCAUCCUGUCAGCAGAAGAUGGAGGAACAAGAUGCUGAGGGAAGAUGUCGAAUCUGACGGAGACAAUCCAAAGAGACAGGUGAUAGCAAAACGAAUGAUGAUACGGAGUAGAUGGUUUUUGGCUUACACUCUCUUGCAUAACCCCCAACUGAAACAUCUUCGUAAACAGCGAAUCAAGGCACGCGCGGAGCGAAGGAAAGGAGCGGCAAAGCUGACCACGAUGUCCACGCAAACCCCGCGCCAUAUCGCAAUACAGACCAAACCCGAGGAGCUUCUGCUGAAUCAAUACUACCCCGAGCAUCCAGUCAGAGAAUCGGACAUCAAGCCAGAUUUCAGCGACAUCAACGAAACUUAUCAUUGAUCAACGAAUAUGCAAAUAUCGAAUGACGUCACUUUCAACAGAGACACCAAUCAUCGGUUGUGAUUUUCUGGCCGCACCGCAAAUUUAUUUAACGUAAGCGUUAUUAACCAAUGAGAAGGCGCGAUAGAUUAAACCAAUGAGAAUAGGGAAUAUAAGUCGUAUUUAUCAUUAAUAAUACCAAAUUGGUACAUACGAAUAUUUGCGUUGUAUUGAGUCGUUAUUAUUGCCCUGACACCAUGUACAGUGUAUUACGUAAUACCUUUACCAUUUUGUCAGAUAAACAUCAUGAUUAACUGACGUCAUUCAUAGUUAUUUUUGAUACAAUUUGAAACAAUUUUAUCCAAUAAUUGCCAUCCGGUUGUCGAGUUAUUUGUUUUUAAUUAUGUUCAAUAUUGUUUAACUUUUAG